GAAGGGUAAAGGGCAAGGGGUGGAGUUUAGACAGGAAGUCCCACCCACUGCUGGUUUCUCACUGGACAAGAGGUGGGACUUGAGACGGAGUCUGUAGCAGGAUUUCUGGCUCAUUCUGGAUGCUGAUUAGUCAAGCAGAGGGACUGGUGGAUGGGGCCACCUGUCAGAACAGCUGUGACGAGCCUGAUUCACACCAUGAUCCCCCUUCUCUACCUUUCUCUCUCCUGCAGCUUGCGGAAGUCCUCUACAUCGGGAUGCGGUGUCACAGCCGCUGGCUGUGGGGAUCUUGCUGCUUUUCUCAAAACCAGACAGAACCUGACAAAGCUGUACCUGGAUAAUAACGUUUCUCUGGGAGAUUCCGGAGUGCGGCUGCUGUGUGAGGGGCUGACACACCCAAACUGCAAAUUAGAGACUCUGGUGCUUCACUAUUGUGGUCUCACAGCUGCAUGUUGUGAGAAUCUCUCCUCUGUUCUCAGCACCAGCCAGACCCUGACAUUCCUAGGUCUAGGGGCAAACAGUCUGGAGGAUUCAGGAAUGCAGCGGCUGUGUGAGGGGCUGAAACAUCCAAACUGCAAAUUACACACACUAGGAGUGGACUUCCACCGUCUAACUCCAGUAAUGCAGGUAGAGCUGUAUGCAGUGAAAAGAUAA